AUGGCUGCUGGUACAGAAGUGUUUGUUGAGACUGCAGUGGUGGAUAUGGAGUACCCUAGUGCAGUUGCUGUUGAGUUUUCAUCAACAGAAGACACUGCCAGUGAAAACAGCACUGAUAAAAAGGCUAAUUCCAAUGCUAAGGAGUCUGGGGAAAGGGAUGUUGUUAAGGACUUUGGUUCAGAUUCAAAAUCAGAACUGCGAAUGGAGGAUAUUGUUGACAUGUUGAAGAAACUCAAGUUGAAUCCUCUGGCUAAGGAAUUCUUCCCUUCCUCGUAUUAUCACAGCGAGAUGGGGUCCAACAAUUUUUUAGGGGAUAAAAACUCUGGCAUUGAUGGUUCCACAAUAAAUCGUAGGAGAAGAAAUAACCACAACCAGGUCAGGAGGAGAAUGGGUGUCAGGACUUUUAGAGCCCAGAGAGAAGAUAGUAUUAGGCGAACAGUCUAUGUCUCUGACAUUGAUCACAAUGUCACUGAAGAGCGGCUUGCUGCCUUAUUCAGCGCCUGUGGGCAAGUUGUUGAUUGUCGAAUUUGCGGCGAUGUGCACUCCCGUCUUCGCUUUGCUUUUGUUGAAUUUUCGGACGAGUAUUCUGCUCGAGCGUCGCUUAGCCUUUGUGGGACACUGUUAGGUUUCUCUCCUGUUAAGGUGUUGCCCUCUAAAACUGCCAUUCUUCCUGUGAAUCCUACAUUCCUUCCCAGGUCGGAAGACGAACGGGAGAUGUGUGCCAGGACAAUCUACUGUACCAACAUUGAUAAAAUGGUUUCUCAGGCUGAUGUUAAGAAUUUCUUCGAAACAAGAUGUGGUCAGGUUUCCCGCCUGAGGCUCUUGGGGGAUUACUUGCAUUCUACGCGGAUUGGUUUUGUUGAAUUUUCCAUGGCUGAGAGUGCAAUACUCGCCCUUGAUUGUUGUGGCGAAAUUUUGGGAUCCCAACACAUCAGGGUAAGCCCUUCAAAGACACCCGUGAGACCACGAGUUCCACUCCCGGGAAUGCAAUUCAAUGGACAGCCCGUGAAGGUGGUGAUAAUCAACACCCAAUACGUGGAAACUGAUGCCACGAGCUUCAAAUCUGUUGUUCAGAGACUCACCGGAAAAGAUGCAGUGGUGGCGGCCGAUUCAUCUUCCACAGCCAAAAAGCCGCCGAGGAGUGAAACGUCCACCAUUUCUCCUCCAGUUUUUUCUCGUGGAAUGUCUUUUAAAGAUUUUGAUAGGAUGCUGAAGGAGUUGCCACCACUAGAUGAACUUUACAGGCUUUAUGCAGAAUAA